GACACUCAAAUCUCCAAACUUGCAGCAGACUCUAAGCUCUACUGUACACAGUCUGGAUUCACAUAUAGUUUCCUCAUCAGCAUCAGGAUGUGGAUUAUUCUGUUGGGUCUCGCCUCUGCAUUACUGGCCUCCUCGAGAUCAGAAGAUACCACAGUUGUACGCUCAAGGAGCUGCAGCUUUGCUGGAGUGUUUCACGUGGAGGGGAGAGAACGCUAUAGUCUGACGUUUGAGGAGGCCAGGAGGUUGUGUGAGCAUUUAGCCUCUUCAUUAGCCAGUCUGGAGCAGGUGAAAAAAGCCCACAAUAAAGGACUUCAGACAUGCAGGUAUGGAUGGAUAAACGGCUCAGAGGUGGUGAUACUCCGUCACAUCCAAAAUAAAAACUGUGCUGGCAACCAAACCGGCAUCAUCAAAAUAACUCAAAACAGUGAAAAAUAUGAUGCCAUCUGUUAUGAUGCUGAAGAUACGUCAGAGAAGAACUGCACAGCUAUGAUUGACCCUGACAGUUUAAACAAAACAGAUGGCGACUCUGUCUCAGCAUUUACAGAAGUCACAACACACCAUACAAAUGCUGGAGGGGAUGAGUCUGAAAAUUCAGCAUCUGAAGACACAUUUGUGUCCGAGUCCUCAACUCCAGUUGACUGGAUGCAGAGAAGCCCCACACAGAGCCCAGUGGAACAGAAGCGCACUGAUCAAACAGAUGAUCAGAUAAACCCUGAUACACGUGGUACAGAGCUCACAACUUCCUCAGGACUGAGUAAAACAGCAUCUAUCAGUCAAACAACAUCAAAUAAAGCAGACUGGCUCAUCCUUUUGCUCACCAUCAUUUUGGCAGUUCUUCUCAUUCUGUUUGUCUGUGUUAUUGUAGCAAACAGAAAAAGAUGGUGUGGCAAGAAACAGACACUGAUUAUUACAAAAGAGAGCAGCAGAGAAGGAAAUGGUGCAGCAGCUUCAUUCACAAAGGAGCAGGAGACUGUCAAACUCGUGAAUACUGAAUCUGAGAUCUAAUGUAACAGAUCAGUGUGGAUAAGUGAAUGGAGGAAACCCAGAGGAAUGAGAACACCAGCAGUUUUUCACUAACACCUUACAAUAAGGAUGCACUAAUAUGCCUUCAUUCAUGCUGAACUAAUGCACAGAUAGUCUUGAGAUAAUGUAUGAUUUGUAAAGAACUAAGCCACUCAUUACUUACAUCAGCAUCUGAUAAAAUGUUUGAUCAAUAGACCCAGUUUCACUGACAGAUCUUAGACUAAACCAGGAUUAGGCCAUAGUUCAAUUAGGACAUUUAAGUCAUUUUAUUAUUGUGUUCACCACAGUGAGUCAAAGCGUGUACGUAUUCCAACUUCCAGCUGUCUGGUUUAAAAAAAAAAAAAAAGCAUUAGCUAAGUAUUUGCAAAGAUAACAUUGUUAUGACUUGUAGAGGCACCUGACUCUUAA